UUUAAUUUUUUAUUUACUAUUUACUAGACUAAUUUAGUCUCUCUCACCUCCUUCAUAAACACAGUGCGUAGUAGAGGAUUAUGUGUGCACGUGUGUGUGUAAACAUUGCCAGCCACAGGAAGUGAGGGUCGGCAUGGGUGUCAAAAGAGGUGGUUCUGUUUAUGCUGAUAGUGGGAGAGAAAAUGCUUGAGAUGUGGUUUAAAAGAGAUCACAUGAAUUAGAUUAUGGUCAGAAUAAGCGGAUGCUUGUGAUAUUAAUAGACAGAAGAGCGUUUAAUUUCCAUUUAAGCUGGUGAUGGUUGUUUUUAGGUUUGAAAUAUCAACAUUCGAACCUCUACAUGUUUGUGACAGAUGCCUGUCAGACAUGACUCACUAAAUGAUGAUUAUAUUUGAAAAGUUCAACUUAAAGGGCAGGAAAGUCCAGCAAUCCCUCUGAAUUCCCUUACAUUUACACGUUUCUCAAAGAAAAGAGAAACAUAUCUCUAUUUCUGCUUUUUGAAGUUUUAUGAGAAGAGGCAAGCUUUUACAAACACUUAGAGCAAAUGAAGGGAAUAUUUUUCUCAAGAUCACAAGGAAAUUGAAUCAGGACUCUAAAGAGCUCAUUGUUGAUGAACAGGAUGAACACAUCAGACAACAUGUCGUUAGAGUACUGGGAGUAUGAUUAUAACACCAGCUGCGAGGAGGAUACAAGUUCAGGCUUGUCUGAUGCAUCCAUGGUCCUGCUGGUUUUUUACUACAUGCUGUUUGGUCUGGGUCUGCUAGGUAACAUCACAGUUCUCUGGGUUCUCCUCCGACACAUAAAGCUGAAAACCAUGACAGAUGUAUGCCUCCUCCAGCUGGUCAUGUCUGACCUCAUACUGGCCACAUCCCUGCCCCUCUGGGCUCACAAUUUCCAGAACCUUGCAUCAUGCAAACUGAUGACAGGAGUGUAUCAGUUGGGCUUCUACAGUGGGACUUUGUUUGUGACCUUGAUGAGCGUGGACCGCUACCUGGCCAUCGUCCAUGCUGUGGCAGCCAUGCGGGCCAGGACGCUUCGCUAUGGGAUCACAGCUAGUGUUAUCAUCUGGGUUGUAGCUGUCAUCAUGGCGACCCCUCAGGUGAUAUUUGCCUCCUUGGAGAUGGAAGAAGAUGACAAAUUCAUGUGCCACCCACAUUACCCAGACGACAGCCAGCAGCUUUGGAAGAUGCUGCGAAACUUCAGUGAGAACACAGUGGGCCUUUUCGUGUGCCUCCCUAUUAUGAUUUUCUGCUACGUGAAAAUCCUUGUUGUGCUAUCCAAGUCCAGAAACUCCAAAAAGGACAAAGCCGUAAAGCUGAUAUUUACCAUAGUGUGUGUGUUUGUGGUUUGCUGGGUCCCCUACAAUGUCAUAGUUUUCCUACAGACACUGCAGCUGUUUACAAUCCUAGACAACUGUGUGGCUUCAAAGACCAUCAACUCUGCCAUGAGCUUUGCUGAGAUCAUUGCACUGUCUCACUGCUGUUUAAAUCCAGUCAUCUACGCAUUUGUGGGGGAGAAGUUUAGGAAGACACUGAGCAAAGUGCUGACUAAAUACUUCUGCUGGAGUUCGCAGGGUAGAGUGUACCUCAGCUACAGAGACACCACAGACAGAGAUACCUCCAACACACCUGUAAAAUCAGAUUACUAAAAAUGUUGAAGAAACCCUCUGUGUGUGUGGUGGUGGUGGUGGUGGUGGUGGUCGUAGUGGUGGGUGCAUGUGUGCUUAUAAUGAUGUAUAUUUUUUUCACUGAAAUGCAGAGACUAUGAAGACAGCACUCUGUGUGUGUGUGUGUGUGUGUGUGUCAUAGGUAGUACUUUUAAGAACUGUAAAAUGGUACUCAGAUUAUUCCACGUAAAAAGGGAAUCAUUCAUUCUGAAAGUGUAUAGAAUUUCAAAAACAUUUAUUCCAAUCAUGUUGUACAAAGUAUAUUUGUGACUUAAAAUAAAAUAAAUUGUAAAAUAAAGAAAUUCAAACUUGA